AUGUCCACUCGACCAGAACCGGCUUCCGCAGCAGAUGAGCUGUUCCAUAUCUAUUUAACCUCGGAAACAGAGAAGAAAGAGCCUUAUCUUGAAGUUGACGAUAGCACCAACAGUGGUGCGAUUAUCUCGAAACUCCCCAGCAAAUCCAUCACCACCAAGGGAAAACCAGAGCCAAAUACAGCUACAGAGCUCGAUGACAGCGACCAGUCAGUAAAAUGGCUGAAGAAUAUCGACGAUGCAGGAAAGUUUUCCUUGACUAUCAAGCCAGGGAAAAAGAGAGAGCAUGGAGAAACGGAAGAGGGAGGGGGAGAUGAGGACGAAAAGAAAACAGAAAUCAUUCAGUUCGACUUUGAAUUUAGAGAGCCAAGUACGUUCAAGUUCAGCUCGGAAAGCUCGGUGCUGAAAAAAGCAUUUGGUGAUGCUGCGAAGGACAUUCAAGAACCUGGGUUUGAUGACCCAAGGCUAUACCUUGGGCUGAAGGAGUCGGACUCAAAGGAGAUUCCUCUGGCCACAGCCUGGACAUACACCGGUCUUUCAGAGGGUAGCAUACCCAAAUUCUUAAAGGGACUACAGGUCAAACCUGAUGUGAAACUAGCAACUGGCCAUCGAAAUGCGCUCUGGAUUAACCCGGAAGCGUCCUUACGAGUGACAGUUCGAUUGGUGUUUGGCUUAGCCAGCCUUGAUACGCUGAACAGUCUUGGUCUCAGUGCUUUGAAAAUAAAUUUCACGGAAGCUGAUCUCAUAUGUCGAAAGGUUGUGAGUGCUGGAAAAUCAGGUGGGGAAACCGUCCCAGUGAAGCAAGGAAACGCAGCACUCUCCAUUGGUUGUAAGUUUAGUUCACCAAGCCAAGAACUAGACGCGGAAGGUGUAAUGGAGUUCGCGGAGGAUACCAUUUCUAUGACUCUUCUAUCAAAGUCCGAGGAUCCCAUUGCAGGAGCCCUGAGCUGGCUGGAAGGGCUCCUUGGGUUGGAGAACAAUGAGCUGGGAUUUGUCACAGAUCUUCUGCAUAAAGAACCUUUCCAAGGUGUCCAAUUCCGACGUAUCAAGCUUUUGUUCGACACUGAAGUAAAGGUAAAGCUUAAAUCUUUUAAACUGGAUGUGCAGGUCUCGUCGUCUAUUGGCCAAGACCCUCAAUCGGAUAAAAAAUCCCUUUUCCUGCUUUCAUACACCUAUAACUCUUCAGCUGGUGGGUUGGGAACGAUUCGAGGUGAGCUCUGGGAGGAUUCGGGGAUCACAAAUCCUACGUUGAAUCCAACGUAUGAGACUUGGACCGACCUCGAGCCUUUCCCUGCUGGAACAUCCCUCCCCCCGUUACAAAUCAAGUAUCUGAUACCUGGUCAAACUAUCGAUGACAUUCCCCAUACCGUCCCUGAUACCAUUGAAAGAGCGUUCAUAACACUGUCAGCGAAAGAAGUAGGAUUUGGAGCCACUGUCAAAGCCAAAGAGGUCUCUCCGGGUGCUGCGCCACAGCCGUAUCUGGGACAAAUUAAGUUGGAUGCUUCGUUUCAAUGGGAUAGGUCGGAUUUCAAAUUUGAUCUCUAUGUUAUGACGGGUAUCGUACCACCCUCCGGCUCUGCCCAUAAAGAUCCGGCGCUUUUAACUGGGUCUUUGAUGUAUCAACGCUCAAAGACAUCUACAUAG